UCUCUCCGUACUUUGUGCAUCAAGACGGGAAAUGGGAGUGGAUUCGGAAACGGCAAAGGGCCCUGGGUCUCCAAUUCAGACAUUGCAACCUGACUCCCCUAGUCUGUCCGAGAAACCCAGUUCUGAUCCCGAAAAUGGCCAAGGCAAUGAUCUAAAGAACCAUAUUGAGCCCGUUGUAUCCUUGAAAACGUGGGUAGUGGCUUGUAUUCUAUCCUGCGGAUAUGGGCUCUCCUUCUGGCCAGUUCCGGUAAUGUCGGCCAUCGGCGGUACUGUCUCGGCUAAUCUGGGAGACCCCGGAGGAUACAUGUGGUAUAUACCGGCUUGGACGAUUGCCAUCACCUGCUCCUUUCUCCUCUUUGGCUCAAACACAGACUUGCUUGGUCGUCGUUGGUUUCUCGUCGGAGGAAAUCUGAUAUGUACUAUAGGCCACAUCGUAGUGGCCUCGGCAAAAACCAGCAACCAGAUUACUGCUGGAUUUGCAAUUUCUGGCUUCGGGGGUGCUAAUUGCCAGAUGGCCGCAUUCGCCUUACCUGAGCUGCUUCCCAACAAGUGGCGUCAUAUCGGUGUUGUCAUUGCAGACUUCACUGUCUACAUUGCUGUCAUUCUCGGUCCUGUAACAGCACGGUUUGGACAGGAGUACGGAACAUGGGAAUGGAACUUCUGGAGUGUGGCCAUCUUUCAGGGACUGUCCUUUUUUGGCCUUCUGUUCUUGUACUUUCCUCCAGCACGGCCAUCUGGAAUUCCUCGUAGGGAAGCUUUCAAGUCCUUGGACUAUUUCGGCGGGUUCCUUUUCAUGGGUGGCGCAAUUCCAGUAUUGCUAGGCAUUGUCUGGGCUGGCGUCUAUCCCUCCACAGAUCCCCACGUUGUUGCAACACUCGUGGUUGGAUUUUUCGUUUUAAUUUGCUUCGCUGUCUGGGAGACAUUCGGCCCUGUGAAAUUCCCACUAACCCCCAGCUAUAUAUUUGCAAGCUCAUGGGGUAGGGAUUUCACUGCCCCGGCCAUUGCCCUAGGGGUGGUAAACAUGUUCUAUUACUCCUCCAGCAUCUUGUGGCCGCAGAUGACCACAGUCCUUUAUACCAACGGCGGCACAGACUGGCGCUACGCGAUUGUUCUCACGCUGCCGCAAGGCCUCGCUAUUGCCUUUGGUGCGUUCUUGCUCUCCACCUUGGGGAGCAAGAUCCGGCAUUGGCAGUGGCAGCUCACUGGAGCCGUGUUUGUCAUGGUUCUAUUCGGUUCUCUCUUGGGACUCGCUACGCCAACCAAUAAGGGGACCAUGAUUGCGUUUCUCUUCCUCUCCCAGAUGGGGUUCGGCUGGGGGAUAUAUCUUAGCAUCGCCAUCACUCAGAUGGGGGUGGAUCAGAAGAAUCUGGGUGUGAGCGGUGGCGUCUCCGGCGCAAUUCGCUAUGCAGCUGGUGCCGUGGCCACAACCAUCUAUAACACAGUCUUCACCACCACCCUAACCAAAUGGACCGCGAGACUGGUGCCCAAAGCUGUCAUCGCUGCCGGUCUCCCCGAGUCCAAAGUAUCCGACGUCAUCGCGGCAAUGCAAUCAAGUGAAUUUGCCAAUUCAUUCAGCCCAGACGUUGUCGCAGCGGCUACCUUGGCUUCAAAGGAGGCCACCUGCAAGGCUGUCUUCGUUGUCGCGAUGGUCUCGAUGGCGUUUGGCAUCGUUGGGAUCUUUGCGUGUCUCUGUUGUAAGGAUGUCGACCACAAAAUGACGAAUCAGAUCGAGGUCUACCUGACCAACACAGACCAGGCGGAUCGAAACAAGUAUAAAUAAGGGAAUGGCUUGUUUAGUAUUGAACCUUCGGAUGGGGUUUACCUUCAUAGUAUUAGAUAGACUGGAGAACAAACAC